AUGAGUUCCAUGGAGGGAAGCACUGGGAAGUUUCCAGAACCUGCAGGAGGGGGCACCGGAGCCAGCAGUGUGAAGACGUCGUGGCCAGAGGUCGUCGGGAUGUCUGUUGAGAAGGCCAAGGAGAUCAUACUCAGGGACAAGCCUGAUGCUGAGAUAGAGGUCCUGCCAGUCGAUGCGUGGGUGACCCAGGACUUAAGGCCCGACCGUGUCCAAAUCUUCGUCGCUGUUGCCGACACCCCUACGGUUGGUUAG